UCCAUUUUCAUAAGUCAAGGCGCCGCGACAGGAGCACUCAUCCGCCGUCGUCAGUAGCCGUGCGGUAUAGCAGCGAGAGCUCUACAUGCGAAGAAGUGGACAUUUACACACUUGCGUACAUAACUGGACUAAUUUUUCCUACUGUUAUUUAAUUUUUCUAUCCACUCAAAGCUUGAUUUUAAUUGCACAUUUUGUAUUACGAACUGAUUUAAACUCAAAAUGGAGAAUCAAGAAAGCAAGUAUCUCCCCGAGCUUCUCGCUGAGAAGGACAGUAUGGAUGUGUCGUUUACGCACGCUAUGAAACUUUUAUCUACAGAAAUCGAGAGAAUCCAGAAAGGUGAACCCAAGAAGGAAGGAGGAGACGCGUACCUGGACCUUUUCACCGUGAAGAAUAUCAAACUGAAGGAGCGUGUGCUCAUACCUGUCAAACAGUAUCCGAGGUUCAACUUUGUGGGGAAGAUUCUUGGCCCUCAGGGUAACACAAUCAAACGGCUUCAGGAAGAGACUGGGGCCAAGAUCUCUGUACUGGGCAAAGGCUCCAUGAGGGACAAAGCCAAGGAGGAGGGGCUGAGGAAAGGGGCUGAGGCCAAGUACGCACACCUGUCCAUGGAGCUGCAUGUCUUCAUCGAGGUGUUUGCCCCCGUGCCCGAGGCUUAUCUACGCAUGGCACACGCCAUGGAGGAAGUCAAGAAGUUCCUGUUUCCUGACAUGAUGGAUGACAUCUGUCAGGAACAGUUCAUGGAGAUGGGUUAUCUGAACGGGGGCCAGGAGCACGGGCCAGGGGCCCCACGAGGCAGAGGAGGACCACCGGGCCCUAGGGGCCGAGGAGGGCCUCCGGGACAACCAGGGGCACCCAGGGGUAGGGGUAUGCCCCAACGUGGAGGUACACCCAGGGGAGGUCCAGCCAGAGGCGGGGUAGCGAGGGGGGCACCAGCAGGAAGAGGAGGACCUCCAGCAACCCCUGCCAGAGGGGCAUCAGCGCCCCGAGCCAGACUCGCUGCCCCUGGUGGGCCUCCGAGAAUGCCCCUUCCACCCCCCCACCAACACGCACCGGAACAAUAUGAGGAAUAUGCCUAUGAUGAGAGCUACACUGAGCCAGCGUACGAGGCAUACGACUGUUACUACAGUCAGCCACAGGCAGAGCCAGAGUACUACGACUACGGACACGGAGAAACACAGGAAGCAUAUGAACCCUACGCCCAGGACAACUGGAACGGGACCCAGAGAGCGGCACCGGGGGGAAAGGCCCCCCCUGCCAGAGCGGCUAAGGGCCCUUACCGAGAACACCCCUAUAGACAAUACUGAACUCACCAUGCCAACGCCUAGCGACCAACGCUACCACUGUUAACGCGUUGCCCCGACAACCAACCACCAACCUGUCUACCACGGCAGCUCUUGCUCUAAGCAACCCUCGACAAAAGUAAUUGUCCGUUUUUGUUUUUGGAAUUUUUUACUAAACUGGACUUUUAUGAGCUGAAAAUCAGGAUCAUAAGGAUCGAACCUGAUUUGAUAUUUAAUUCAGACCUUAAAGUGUUUUUUUUGGGGGGGGGGAGAUUUGAAGUUUCAGUUGAUUUCUGUUUUUCUCUCUGACCCUGUCUCCCUCUUGGCUUUUCUUUGUACUGUUGACCGUUUAUUUAUUUUUAAUGUUUGGAUUUAAACUCACAUCUAGUGGAGUCUGACUACUUAUCCACUUGUUGUCGUCUUUAAAGGGACAUUUCAAAAAUCGUUCUGCUUCAUAUUCAUUAUCUCCAGUUCAACAUCAACAUAUGUGAACAUGGUGCGUUUCUACGUUUUGUAGUUUAAAAAAAACUAAAACUGUUUCCGAUGACGACACAGGUGUGAUUGGAAGCAAUUAUCUUCUUAUAAUCGCAUCGUUUUCACAAGUAUUGAUGUUGGUUUUGGAGAUGGUGAAUAUAAAGUAGAACCAUUCAUUAUUUUGUUUAAAACUAUACUUUGAGGGACAGUUGCAGAUUCCUAUUUAGGCUACAUUUCAAAAUUCUUUUUUAAUUUUUUUUUUUUUAAAUAUAGUAAUGUAAAAUAAACUUCAAACACUGUUUCAAUUAUGUAAUAUAGACCAAACAAAAACGCCAAGUCGAAAGGAAACAGUAAUAACAAACAAAUGUUAAUGGAAUUUGAUUUAGUAUUCCCAUUUGUUUUAAAUAGUCUUUAAUUAAAAGUUGUCAAUGUAGACUUAGGCAGCAGCGAUUUUUUUUUAAUUUUUUUUUAAUUUUUUUUUAAUUUUUAUAUAAUGACAUUUUCUCAUUGUACAUUUAGAGUUUUGAAAUAUAGCCCUGAUAUCCUCUGUUGAGAUGGACUGUCCUCACAUACUUCAUUGUUUUUUUUAAAUUAAAGUUGGUUCAACAGUAAGUUCAUUUUUAUUAUGUCUCUAUAGCCGAUGUCUUUUUUUAUAAGUAGAAUAUGGCCUUAGAUUGGCCUCAUGUCAUGAUAAAUGACAUCACGUGUCAGUACAGGAUCUUAUUGGUUGAAUCUGAUUCUAUAAACUGCAUGUAAAAACGAUGCAAUGAAGGAUUGGGACAAAAAUCUCCACAUGAAGGGAUCCUGCAGCUUUUCAAUCUGAUCUCUUGUACAUACUUUAAAUCGUCCAAAGUGCACAUCCACUAUUCUGCCACUGGUAUAUGUACCCUCCACAUUAAAAUGCAUUAUGCUCUAUGUGUAAGGCUUGACCUAAAUAGGUAACUACUAAAUCUGUUCCAAAAGAUGUUUUUCAGCAAUUUGUCAAUAAAGACUAGUUUGUUUUUCUA